GAUGCUUAUUAUAGACCGACGCGACAUCAGCGCCUUGGCCCGGUUCUCUGCUGCAGCUUUUGGGAACGAGCUCCUCUAAUUGCAUCCACAGCGUCCGUGGAGGCUCUGAGGACCGAGGACGGAGGACCCUGCGAAAGCUGCGUCUAUCCCUCGGGGCCAUGGACUCGGACGCCAGCCUGGUGUCUAGCCGCCCGUCGUCGCCAGAGCCCGAUGACCUUUUCCUGCCGGCCCGGAGCAAGAACAGUGGGGGCAGCGGCUUCACGGGGGGCACCGUGUCCUCGUCCACGCCUAGCGACUGCCCGCCAGAGCGGAGCGCCGAGCUGCGAGGCGCCGUGGGCGCGGCGGGCGCGCACCCGGGGGACAAGCUGGGCGGCGGUGGCUUCAAGUCAUCCUCGUCCAGCACCUCGUCGUCCACGUCGUCAGCGGCCGCGUCGUCCACUAAGAAGGACAAGAAACAGAUGACUGAGCCCGAGCUGCAGCAGCUACGCCUCAAGAUCAACAGCCGCGAGCGCAAGCGGAUGCACGACCUCAACAUCGCCAUGGACGGGCUGCGCGAGGUCAUGCCGUACGCGCACGGCCCGUCGGUGCGCAAGCUCUCCAAAAUCGCCACGCUGCUGCUGGCGCGCAACUACAUCCUCAUGCUCACCAACUCGCUGGAGGAGAUGAAGCGACUGGUGAGCGAGAUCUACGGCGGCCACCACGCCGGCUUCCACCCGUCGGCCUGCGGCGGCCUGGCGCACUCGGCGCCCCUGCCCGCCGCCACCGCGCACCCCGCGGCCGCCGCCCACGCGGCGCACCACCCGGCGGUGCACCACCCCAUCUUGCCUCCGGCCGCUGCGGCCGCCGCCGCCGCCGCGGCCGCCGCCGCGGUGUCCAGCACCUCCCUGCCCGGCUCCGGGCUGUCGUCGGUCGGCUCCAUUCGGCCCCCUCACGGCCUGCUCAAGUCUCCGUCGGCGGCGGCCGCGGCCCCGCUGGGGGGCGCGGGCGGCAGCGGCGGCGGCGGCGGCGGCUUCCAGCACUGGGGCGGCAUGCCUUGCCCCUGCAGCAUGUGCCAGGUGCCGCCCCCGCACCACCACGUGUCGGCCAUGGGCGCCGGCAGUCUGCCGCGCCUCACCUCCGACGCCAAGUGAGCUUGGCCGGUGCGGGCGCGCUCUGGCGAGCGGGGCGGGAGGGGGCGGGGGGUGGGGCGGAGGCUGCGGGGAAGCAAGGACUGGCCGGCGCUGGGGCCUGGGAGCUCAGUUCCCAGGAGGAGCGCGGCACCCUGGGCUGGGGGUGCGGGCAGUGGCGAGCACGCAGCACCCAGGAACGGAAGCGGUGGAGGCGCGCCCCGCACAGCGGGGAGUGACAGGGGCAUUCGCUCCGGGACCUGGUUCAACCCCCUCUGGCUUUAAACAGCGCUGCUCGGGUAGACACCGUUUUAUAUGAAGGCACAGCUACGUGCAUCCCUUCCUCCAAACCCCCUUCCCCCGAAAAAGAGGUGAUUCUAAAAACUGUAGUUUUCCCUGCGAACUUGGCCUCACACGGCUGGGGCCAGCCCUUGGUUAUACCGGGGAGGAAAGGAGGGAGGGGAGCGUUGGAGACUUCCUUUCCUGCCUCCUCUCUGGGCGGGAAGGAGACUCUCGGCCACACUGCAGAAGCGGCUGUCCGGGCCUCGCCCUCAGGGGUCGUCCCUGGCCCAGGGUCAGGGGUACGAGUUGGUCAGAAGCUGGUAUUUGGUACCAGAAGCACUUACGGUCGUGUCCAACCUCCAUAUGUGGAUAAACCCACAGCUGUCUCAGAACUGUUACCCUUCCUCCCUGUCGCUCCUAUUGGUUUGGGGGGCUUGUGGCUUUCUAAUAAAUCUGUCGACGUUCCUUUUUCAA